UUCUUCCUUCUUGUUUAUGAAGCUACCCUAAAUUUGGUGCGGCUGCAGUCCUUUUUCGAGGAAGACCGCGGGAAUGGGCAGUCGUUUUAGCGUUGAACUUUAGUUCAGAGUAUUUAUUUAUGAAUUGAUUCAAGAAACUUGGUAGCUAGCUAAAGACUAGGGCCACCUUCUUCGUUAGCUAGCUGGCUACGUUAGCAAUAGCGGCCAGUACCGGCAGUAUCUAGUACACACAGGUGAGUGGCCUCUCCCACUAGGCACAUUAGCUAGUAGCUAGCUAGCAACAUCUGGGUGUAUCCUAGUUUUCAGUAGAGUACCCUUUUUUAUUUCCUGUACGAAUUGUAUGUCUUCAUCACUUCAAACCGACCACAUCUCAAUAUUUCCCUUGUUGGAGAGGCACUGGCGUUGUAUGCAUCUAAACUAGCUAGGUAGCAAGCAAGUUCACGUUAGCUAGCUAAAUGGCGUCAGAUAGUGACACAGAGGAAUUCUACGAUGCUGCUGAAGACGUCAGUUUUACUCCAUCUCCUAAAGUGUAAGUAACCUUUCUUACAGCUAUUGCUAAAAUAAAGCGAUAUCAUGUGUAUAUACUGUGCUAUUGGUGUUGAAAAACGUUCUCAGCUAUGAUGAUGCUGGUCAUUGAAAUGAGUUCAACCAGAUGUUCGCAAGUAAGAAUUAUUUUGCUCAUACAUUCAGUGUCUCUUCUCUAAUAAAGGAACGAAAACAUUAGCUAUAAUUAUUUGCAAUAAUAAUCAUAACAACAACAACGAUGCCACCUGUCUGUGGAUGAUUUUGACUUGCCUUAUUCUACUCCAUCUUUUUAAUGAGGCAAAAGGUUGUGGGGACAUCAAUUGCAAAGGAUAAUUUUGUUUUCGCCAUGACCAUAUAAGGGGUCAAGUGUAAGGGAGCGAGAGAAGUGUGAUUGACAUGUCUCUUUGAGACACUCUCACACACACACACUUUCCUUUAUAUAAUUAUAGUAGAGUGAUUGGAGAUAACAUAGCUACAGUGAUUUUGGCUUCAACUGUUGCUUGUUGAAAGGUUUAUUUGAACUAAUUUGCUCAAACUUAAACUAACAGGAGAACUACAUAUCCUACAUGUUAAGAAUAAAUUGUCUUUACGGUUGUCCUGUUUUUUUGUUUAUUGUAAUAAUGUUAAAACAAGCAUGAUUUCUUUCAAAUCUCUCAUCUGUUUUAGGUGUUAAGACCAUAUGUGUCUGAAAUGUAGCCUAAGCCCUAGUAAAGGUCAUUUGAUGAACCAUAUCAGGACUAGUCUUGUGACUAACACUUACACUUGUCUUUUUAUUACUUAGGACACCUGCAAAGUUUGUCCUUCCCACACCUCAGGUAUCUAUUCUUCUUACUAGCAUUUGACAGUAAAAAACAAUAAUAAUCUAAGAACCAUCUCUUUUAAAAAAGCGUCUGCUAAAUGGCAUAUUUUAAAGACUAGAGAGGGAAGUUUAACUUAUGAGAUAUCAAAGACUGUAAGCCAGAGUGUUGGUUUUAGUUUAAUCAUUACUUAAAGGGCAUAGCUGCUGGAGACUCUGGGUAACUACUUUCACAUGAGCUAGAGGAGCGCCUUUAAGAGCUCUAUUGGGGUUAAAGUUAAACCCAAAACACAUCUUUACCCGGGGUUGUUUGCAAUAAGCAGUUUGCUACUGCAUGUCCUGAGGUGCCGGUGUAAUGUUUGCAGUGUUUUACAGACUCUAUUCAGGACAUUGUCAUCCCAUUUACUAGUAAAAUAUAAAAAAUCAUAAGCACAUCCCAGAAUUUUUAAGUGUGUAGAUGCACUGUAGGAGGUGCUAGUUUAUAAAAGUACAGUGUGUCUCCCUGUCACUGUCCUUGUACAUUUUGUUUUGUGUUCCUGCAGGGGGUGGUAGAGAGCCCAACAGUGGAUGUGGCUGUUGGGCUGGCCCACCCUGAGGCACGCCAAGAUGACUCCAUCCAGGUACUCCCCCUCCUUAUCUUCAAAGCUAGGCUAAUGCUCAUUAAUCCCUACUCAGCUAGGGCAUUGUGAAUAUGACAUUAUGAAAAAAGAUAAGUUGGAUUUUAUUCCCUAGGAUUUUUAAUAGUUACUGAUCCCCUGAGUAUGUGUUGUUCAUGUCUGUAAAUGUGUUUUGAUGGUUGCUGUGUCUUGGGCUCUAUGUAAAUGCUGCUAGUCUGUCACCCAUGGUGUCAACAGGUGCUACUUUGUUUCUGCAGUAAAUGUUUGGAUGUGUGGCACGCCACUAAGUGGUGUAGGUCAUCAACACAUACACACAGUCCCUCAAUGUGUAUCUGUAAUCCUUCUCCAUGUCCCUCUCUCACCUUAAGUGUGGGGAAAGACCCCAACACUUUUAUCAGAGAGAAUACACUCAUAGGACCACACAAUCCUCAUUAGAGAAACAUCCUGUUAUGAGUAUAUUAUCCUUUUUGAUGAUUAUAUGUUUUCAUCUGUGAUGUCUUAUCCCUCCUAGAUCAUCGACAGCAUCAUUGAGGAGAGCCAGAAGGGAAGUGCGGUGGAGGAGGCUCAGCUGAUGGGGGAGAGGAAUGUUGAUACAAGGGCAGAGUCAGAGGUGAAGAACGAGACUGUGGCCCCUGUAGAACCAGAGCGUCCCGCUAUGGAACCUCAGCCUGUGGUUGAGAGAUCAGAGCAGCCACAGGAACAGCAGGGAGUGUGUUCCACGGCUCUCCCAGACAUCCCCAGCCUGUUGGCUGGGUCACACGAGCACGUCCAGCCCCCAGACAUCACCAGCGCCCUAGGGCAGGGGCAGAGUCAACCAGACCUCCCGCAGGACCUCCCUGACCUUCCCCGGGUGUCUGCAGAGGACAUGGACAGGGAGCAGAGACCAGCAGACAUCCUAGACCAGGUUCCCCUUACAGACAAGCCGGCUGACUCCUCCGACCCAGGGCCUACUAAACCCCCACGGCAGUUCACUGUAGAGCCUGACAUUGUGGCCAGCACCAAGAAGCCUCCACCCUCACGCCCACCCCCUCCCAGCGGAGCUCCUCCUCCACGGCCGCCACCCCCAUCCCGGCCUGCUUUACCCCUCAGCAAGAAGUCCCAGGAGUGUAUGAGGCCCACAGGACUGGAAGGUAAAUAACACUUUGCUUGUUUACCCACACACUCAAGGUCAAGAUAAAAUGCUGAUAGUCAUGUCAAUUAAAUAUGUUCCUGCAGGGAUUUAAUACAUUGAGCUGAACACAUUGACCUCUCAUAACUGUUCUCAUAGCUGUUCACUUCUACCCCCACACCUACUCAUGAUAAUUUAGUUGUGUAACCAUGGAGACAAGGUGACUGUGUUGACCUUUAACCCUCUGUCUCUGCUGUGUGAUUGGCCAGUGUGUGCAACGGAGCUGGAGGAGCCAUGUGGCCUGGUGUCUCCCAGCAGCACAGUAAGGAGCAUCACCAAGGAUCUGCAGCACUCUCUGGACCUGGCCAGCGCCACCAGUGGGGACAAGGUGGUCACAGCACAGGUCAGUGGGUAUUUGUUUGCCAUGCUUUCCAUUGGCGCAGUGCACAGGUCCACUUAUUGCUGCCCAGGAAGCCAAUGUAUAUAUUCUUCUGCACUUGGUGAAAACUUUGUCCUGACGAAGACCCAGUUUGGGGUUCAAAUGUUGUCCUCUUCUGAUUAAACACUUUGGCCGCAGCAUACCAGUGUGUGGAUUUACUUUUUGUUCUUUGUUCUCCUCUUUCAACAGGACUUUGACCCUUGCAAUUCGGAAUACCCCUUUGUCUUAGAAUUAACACCAGUGUAGUAAGUGUGUGUGUGUGUGUAUAUUGGUGUGUUACCACAGGAGAAUGAGGAUGAGCAGGCAUCCAGUCCCAUUGGUGACACUUUAGGUCCUCAGCGUCCACGAUCCAACUCUGGCAGAGAGCUGACUGAUGAGGUACGUUUCCUUGUCUUGCUCUUUCAUUCAUCCAGCCUUGAGCCCCUUUGUACAGGUUUUGUACUCUCUACACAUACCUUUUGAGUGUUUGUUUCUAAUUCAUUGAGUGGCUGGGCUAUCUCUGUAAUAGGAGAUCCUGGCGAGUGUGAUGAUCAAGAAUCUGGACACUGGUGAGGAGAUCCCUCUGAUCCAGGCAGAGGAGAAGCUUCCCACAGGGAUCAACCCACUCACAUUACACAUCAUGAGGAGGACCAAGGAGUACAUCACGUAAGAACUGCUCUCCCAUCACUCAGACUAGUACUCUAAUAUAUCAGGGGCUCACACCAAUCCUUGGGCUAUGGUUGAAAAACGUACAGCUAUAUAUUCACUCCCCUGUGCUAACAGAUUGCUUUGGUAAGUAUAUUGGGUAGCACUCGCAUACAUUGAAAAAAAAUCCUAAUACAAAUCUUGAGGAAGAUGUCUGUCUUUUUUUUUUCCUGUCAGGAAUGAUGCAGCACAGUCAGAUGAUGAUGACAAGGCCCAGGCUCCCUUGAGCGACACAGAUGGAGGGAAGCUGAAACAGAAAACGUAAGAAAUGGCAUGGUGCCCUGCCUCAUGCUGUGGUUACAGUGUUUCCUCUCUGCUCUGACAGUCUGGGACGGUCUCAUGGUGUUUUAUGUGUCCUCUGUCUUCUAUCCCAGCACUCGGCUGAAGAAGUUCCUGGGCAAGUCUGUGAAGAGGGCCAAGCAUCUGGCUGAAGAGUAUGGUGAGAAGGCCGUCAACAAGGUGAAGAGUGUCCGUGAUGAAGGUAUGCCAACCCACACAGCCCUCCCCAAUCCCAUAUCCACACAUCUUACUGCUGCUGUUUAGUCACUCUGCUGGGUGCUGUCUCACUGUGUGGUUGUGUCUCAGUGUUUCACAACGACCAGGAUGACCCGUCGUCCAGUGAUGAUGAGGGGAUGCCCUACACCCGGCCUGUCAAGUUCAAGGCAGCCCACAGCUUCAAGGGCCCUUUCGACUUUGAUCAGAUCAAGGUGGUCCAGGACCUGAGUGGAGAGCACAUGGUAAGAUUGUGUGUGUCUUUUGAGUGUAUGUUAAUCUAUCAGUGCUUUCUUUCAAUUGAACAACAGACCACUUCCAUGACUGAAGCAUACAGUAUGUAACCGUGAAUGCAGAUGUAAACGUGAAUAUAUAUUCAUGCAUAUUUGCUCAACCCUUGUUCUGUUGUCUGGUCCUCAGGGUGCAGUGUGGACCAUGAAGUUCUCUCACUGUGGGAGGUUGUUGGCGACAGCAGGCCAGGACAACGUGGUGCGAAUCUGGGUUCUGAAAAAUGCCUUUGACUACUUCAACAACAUGAGGAUAAAGUACAACACUGAAGGUGGGUAGAUCAUGACCCCUAAAGAAGGGCUGAGCUCUAAUGUUGUCUCUGAACAAAAUAGUUUGUCUGCCACACCUUUGGUAAAUGUAAUGGUUGUUUGAUGUGUUUCUCAUGGUUCUUCCUUAUGUUCUCUCUCAACCAGGUCGUGUGUCGCCCUCUCCCUCUCAGGAAAGCCUGUGUUCCUCCAAAUCAGACACGGACGGUGGGGUGAGUAAGGUUAGGACCCAUCAGUGACAUAACCAGUCAUGGUUAGAGUUGAGGGUCAGCUGUAAAACAUGAAGAAAGUAACGUUAUGGUCAGGGUUGCUUAGGGUAACUAUACCAGUGUUACUGUUGAGACCUCAGCCCCAGCCUGACAGACAAGAGUUCCUCUUUUGUUCCCAGAUGAGCAGUGUUCCUGAAGACCCCGAUUCAGAGGACAAGAAUCUCCCCUUCCGCCAAGUCCCCUUCUGCAAGUACAAGGGUCAUACGGCUGACCUGCUGGACUUGUCCUGGUCAAAGGUGAGACUCCACAGGCCUUUCCUCUUCCCCCUUUUCAAACAACACUCCCAAAUGCCGGUACACUGUGUCCUAGUAUUCCCUGUGUUCUUUGAUUCCAGAACUACUUCCUGCUUUCCUCGUCAAUGGAUAAGACGGUCAGACUGUGGCACAUAUCUAGGAGAGAGUGUCUAUGCUGCUUUCAGCAUAUUGACUUUGUCACAGCCAUCGCAUUCCAUCCUAGAGUAAGUGGGCCUCUAUGAGCUUGUGUGCCUUUUGUCAGUGCAUGUUUAGGUUGAAGUAUGGACCUUUUUUAAGUGCAGAGUGAGUUGGCUACGUUUGAGUUAUGGCUCUGUUCACCAGACUGACCAUCUGUUAUUUCUCCUAGGAUGACAGGUACUUCCUGAGUGGCUCUCUGGAUGGGAAGCUGCGUCUGUGGAACAUCCCAGACAAGAAGGUGGCCCUGUGGAACGAGGUGGAUGGACAAACGCGCCUCAUCACUGCUGCCAACUUCUGCCAGAACGGGAAGUACGCUGUCAUCGGCACCUAUGAUGGCCGCUGCAUCUUCUACGACACCGAGGUACAGUGGAGGGAGACAUACUGAUCCUCAAGUUUGAAGGGCUAGUGAAGAAUCAUUAUUUCAGCCUAUGUUUGAUUCUUCUUUGAGUAUUACAAUGGCAGAACAUAAUUAUGAAAAUGAGGAACAUUAUAGAGGGUUCACCGUUUUUUGAAUGUCGGUUCUUAUUUCAGCGCCUUAAAUACCACACCCAAAUCCACGUACGGUCGACCAGAGGCAGGAAUCGAGUAGGACGGAAAAUCACAGGUAUCGAGCCUCUGCCUGGAGAGAACAAGGUAUAGCCACGCUCCUGAUGCCCUUUCUACAGACAUGCCUCUCUGGCGAUGACAUACUAGUGACAGCGAAGUCUUUUUAUUAUGUUGGUAGAUUCUAGUGACCUCCAAUGACUCCAGGAUCCGCCUGUAUGACCUGAGGGACCUGUCUCUGUCCAUGAAGUACAAGGGUUACGUCAACAGCAGUAGUCAGAUCAAAGCCAGCUUCAGGUGAGAACGGCUCCUUCUCAGUCUGGCAUGUUCUUGUAUGUUGUCGGUAAGCAAACUGUCACUUUCCUUAUUUUCCAGCCAUGAUUACUCAUUCAUUGUGAGUGGCUCAGAGGAUAAGUACGUGUACAUCUGGAGCACCUAUCACGACCUGAGCAAGUUCACCUCUGUACGACGAGACCGCAAUGACUUCUGGGAGGGAAUUAAAGGUACCUAGAUACUGUAGUGGUGCUCAGCUCUUUACGGUUGGUGAUAUGAAACACUGUCAGUUUGAUUGUAGUGUCACUCCACUAAGUCCAGUCUCUGUUGUCUUUCAGCCCACAAUGCAGUAGUGACAUCUGCCAUUUUUGCGCCACAUCCUAACCUGAUCGUCCCCCAGGAGGCGGGGGCAGAGAAAGCAGGGGCUGGGGCCGAUGCAGAGUGUAAGAGCUUGGACUCUACUGACUCGGAGACCAUUCCCUCAGGUACAGUAUGCUGAUUUAUAUACCUGUUUAUGUAUGCUGAGAGACUAUUCAGAGCAGCGACUCAUUAAAGCUGGAAUCCUUAAUGGUCAAACUGCCACGUCUGUUUGGGAUAUUACAACAAAGAAGUUACUACAAACAACAAACACUCGGACAUCAUUGCGCGAGUGAUAGAACAGAAUAUGUACUGCAAAUGUUUUUCUCACGCCGCCCGACUCUCCUCACCUCCGUUUUGUCCACAAAACAAUAACAAAGUGCUGGGGCAGCCGUGGCGGUGUUUCCCACUAAUGCGGAUUCCAUCUUUAAGAGUGAUAAAUGGAUGGUAUGAUGAGUUGAGUGGAUAGAAAAACACUUUGUAUAGUUUCAAUGCUAAACAGGGUAUUUCUCGUCCACAGGGGCUCUGAAGACUGAUCAUACAGAGGUUCUGCUCUCUGCUGACUUCACCGGCGCCAUUAAGGUUUUCAUCAAUGUAAAAAAGUACUGAGCACUUCAGCCUGAAAGGCUUCAGCCUGAACCCUUACUGAUCUGUCCGCCAAUGUACAGUCCUACAAUGGAAGCAGAGCAAACCGCUGCCCUACCAACGCUUCUAAAACCGGCCAAUCGCCUACUGGUGAGUGCUCCGGGAGGGAGGAGUCAUCCUCCGGAGAACAGGGACCCUAAAGUAGAGGAUGAUGGGAAGGUGGAGGAAGUGAACUGUAAAUGGAGGAAGCAGCUCACUGAUGUCCUGUCACAUU